AUGCCCUCUCUUACCACUACUAUUGACGACCCCAGUCCCCUAAUCUCAUAUUCUGACAACGGUAACUGGUUCCAGCCCACCGCUGAGAUAGACUCUACGGGGAUAUCAAUGAGCGCGGGACAUAGCUUUACUGUAACCUCGACAACAGGCACGAAUAUGACAUUCUCCUUCAAUGGGACCGGGGUACAAAUUUUCGGGUCGCGGAAAGAGGAACGCGGGAACUACGAUGUUGCGAUCAAUGGCACUGCAUAUACUUCGGUCAACAGUCCUGUCAAUUACCAGUACCGGCAGAGCUUGUUCGCUCUGUCAAAAUUGCCGCAAGCACUGCAUACAAUCACCCUUACACACCAACCUUUGGACAAGUCACAAGUCUGGUUAGACAUAGACUCCGUAGGUAUUCCACGUCGUGGAGACCCCACACACAUAUUCUUUGGAGAGGAUCCGGGCGCUCACCACCGGUGUCCGACAGAUUACUUGGAUUUCUGA